CGCACGUUUUGAGCGCGCCCACGUGUGCGUGCGCGCACUCGUUAACUGUUUAUUUCCAAAAUGGCGGUCGCCGCCGGAUCAGGCGUGAAGGUGCCACGCAACUUCCGUCUGCUGGAGGAGCUGGAGGAAGGUCAGAAAGGAGUGGGGGACGGAACCGUGAGCUGGGGGCUGGAGGACGAUGAUGACAUGACCCUCACACGCUGGAGAGGCAUGAUCAUCGGCCCACCACGGACUAUCUAUGAGAACAGGAUGUACAGUCUGCGAGUGGAGUGUGGACCCAGAUAUCCAGAAACACCUCCGUUUGUGCGAUUUGUGACAAAGAUCAACUUAAACGGAGUACACAACUCCAGUGGUGUGGUGGAACCGAGGGCAGUGUCAUCUUUGGCAAAGUGGCAGGACUCCUACAGUAUCCGAGUGGUGCUGCAGGAGCUUAGACGACUCAUGAUGUGCAAAGAGAACAUGAAGCUCCCACAACCGCCUGAGGGACAGAUUUACACCAACUGAGACUGUACUAUACUGCAAAUACACACACACAGUCUGCCUUUAGCAUUUUGUUUUCUUCUCAUUUGUAUUCAUUUUCAUUCCUCUUUCCAAUCAGUCAUCCUUGAAUUCAUAAAUGUGCAAACUCUUUCUUGCUCUGUCUGUCUCUUAGACUUGUUCUGUCUAUCAUGCACAUAUACAAACCUCAUCUGGAAAGAAUUCAUGCCUCAACUCGCACACAUCCCUUAUGGUCCCUCCCUUUUCUCAUUUUUCUGAAAGAAAGAUGAGUGAUCAGUUCUUUGGUUGUCUUGGACAAAUCAUUUGAAUACUGUGCAUCUUACUAAUCUUUGUUUUUGUUAUUGUUUGUUAUAAAUUCAGAUUGUAUAAUAUCAUAAAUAAUCUUAUUGAGUGUGACUUGUGGUUGUAUUUUUGUCAUUUUCAUAUCGAAAAUUUCAUAUCUUUUGCUUGAGUGCAAUUCAGCUCAGCUUUAUGCAUUGUAAUGUCGUUGUAGAUGUUCAGUAGUAAAUUCUUGGUAUUUGCAUUG